CCAUAAGUUUUCCUCUUUUCUGUUGUUCAUUUACUUAACCCCCUCUUCAUUUGUCCUUCUCUAGACUUCCAAUUGAGAGGCUCUUUAGCCUCUGCUUCCUGUUUCAUUUUCUCUUGCCAGUACUGGCACCUGCCUCGGACUUCUGGGCUUUCACAUAUCAAGUUAGCCUUGCUGCUCCAUCAUGGCAGGCAUAAAGCAGGACAGCAAACUACUGGAGGAUGUGAUCUGCCCCAUCUGCAUGGAAAUUCUACAGAAUCCUGUCACCAUUGACUGUGGGCACAACUUCUGUCUGCAAUGCAUCAAUCAGGUUGGGAAAACUGCAGAAAACCUCCAAUGUCCGCUCUGCAAACUCCCUGUGAAUAAGAAUACGUUGAGGCCCAGUGAGCUGUUGACUACUCCUGAAGAGGAAAUCCAGGCUAAGGGUCAUGCUGAGAACCAACCAGAAGAAGAAGAGCCAAGAUGUCUGAAGCACAAGAAAAAGUUAAAUUACUUCUGUGAGAAGGAUAAAGAGUUCCUCUGCUUGGUGUGUCGUGACUCUAAGGACCACAAAACCCAUGACGUUACCUUGAUAGAUGAGGCUGCCCAGAACUACAAGGUGCAGAUUGAGACACAGCUCCAGAUCUUGGGGCAAAAGGACAAGGAAAUAAUUAAAGAGAAAAAGGAAUGUGAGGAGGCAACCCAGGUGUUCAGGGCCCGAGUACAUCUAGAGAAACUCAAGAUACUUCAGGAAUUGAAGAAUGUGCGCCAGAGACUGGAAGAGGAAACGAUAUUUCUCCUGUCCAGGCUGAGCUUGCUGGAGCAGGAGGGAGUCAAGCAGACAGAAGAGUAUGUCACUGAAACAGAGAGACAGCUGACCACCCUCAGAAACUACAUGGAGUACCUGAAAAAUAGGCUACAAGCGCCAUCCAUGGAGCUACUGGAGGAUCUAUCAACAUAUCUUCACAGGGAUACAGAAUUUCAGUUUCAGAACCCAACCCCAGUUCCUAACCUGGAUAAAAAAGUCAGUGAAGCAAAAGCAAGUAAUGAGUCCAAGAUAGAAAGACUGACUCUCCUCACAGACAACUUGACAACUGAAGGAAAGGAAGAUAAAAGCACAUUCCUGAACAGCCUGGAUAUAAAGGACACAAAGAACUGGCUCCUGUUACAGAUGAACAACUCAGAGUUGCUCAGCUCAGAACCUAUGACCCUGGACAUGGCCUCAGCUGACCCAAACCUCAUCUUUUCUCAGGAUCUAAAGAAAGCAAGCUUGUAUGUCAUCGAUGGCAAAUCUAAUACUCAGGCAAAACCUCGACAACUCUAUCCUUUCCACUGUGUGAGGGGCUCCCCAGGCCUCUCCUCAGGCUGUGUGGUGUGGGAGGCAGAAAUCCAGGGACCCCCAGGUAUGCUUGGCAUAGUGGGUGUGGUCGCCAAGUUGCCUCAGGGGUCCCAGAUUCAGAACUCUGAGCCAUGCUGCUUGUGGGCAUUGCGGAUCUCGUCCUCUGGAUGUCAGCCAAUCACCAACUGCAGUACCCAGAAGAAUCUCUCAAUCUGUCUUACGAAAGUGGGUGUCUAUGUGGAUUAUGACCGUGGAGCUAUCAUCUUCUAUGAUGCAAUCACUAACAAACAUGUCUACACCUUCCAAACUUCCUUUGACAGACAGGUCUUUCCCCUUUUUGGGCUUUUCCCUACCUGCAGAUCUAUCACCCUGAGCCCCUAGGGCUGCUCUCCCGUGGGUCCCUUAGUCUCUUCCCCACCCAUCCCUCAUGAUUGAAUGCAAGUGGCAGGAAUGAAGCUUAGCCCUUCUCAGGCACACUACAUACCCCAUACACACUCCAUACACCCUACACACCCUAAACACCCUAUACACACUGCACACCCUAAACAUAUAUACACACACUACACACCCCACACACCCUAAAAACCCCACCCACCCUACACACCCCACACACCCUGCACACCUUACACACCCUACACCCACUACACUACACACACACCCUACACACUUUACACAUACUUCUUUCCCUGAGUAAAGAAGACAGUGGACUCUCAAAUACUAACCACAAUGGUUUUCAUCACUGCACUUCAUAAAAUGACAUAAUUGAAAAUGGCCAAACUUUAUCAACAGUUAAGUAGAAAAUAUCUGGCCACUCCCUGCUUGAGAUGCAAGUCCAAGACGCCGUCCAGCACCCUGCCUGCCCCUUUCUCUACUUCACUACCUGCAGCUCCCAUGACUCUAAACUUGAACAACCGACUCUCACCCUUUCCUGAAGUCUGAGAACCAGAGGCUACUUGCAGAAUCAAGUCUAACUAUAAGUAUGACAAACAUAGAUGACUAUUGAUCUAUAAUUCUUAAUACCUAUAUAACUUAAAGAUUAAGACAAUAAACAACUGUGUAAUAAAUGAGGACAAUGACCUCCAAAUGUAAAUGAUGUAUAAGUAUCUUGAUCAGAGGUAGAAAUGUACAUUGAAAUAUAAUAAAUUUAUAUCAAUAUAUAAAAACUUGUUUUAAGCAGAGGUAGAAGCAUGCAUGCAUACAAUAUUCUAUAUAAUUUAACUUUGUAUGUGCUUCCCACAGCAGCAUUUUCUACCCCUUUUUGUUUGUUUAACAUAUCCUUUAUAGUUCAAUUUGAUCUUUCUAUAACUACUUGACCUGUAGGAUUGUGUGGUAUACCUGCAACAUGCUUAAUAUUAUAAUAUGCAAAAAAUGUUUCAUUUUCCUAGAGACAUACACUGGACCACUAUCUGUCUUUAUUUGUGCAUGUAUACCCAUGAUGGC